UGUUUCAUUUUCCCUGCAGGUGACUGAAGAUGAGCCCUGAAAACUGGACUCAGGUAACAAGCUUUGUCCUACUGGGCUUCCCCAGUAACCAUCUCCUACAAUUCCUGGUGUUCCUGGGGUUAAUGGCGACAUACAUUGUAACUGCCACAGGCAACCUGUUAAUUAUUGUGCUCAGUUGGACGAACCGAUGCCUGCACACACAGAUGUACUUCUUUCUGCGGAAUUUAUCCUUCCUGGAGCUGUUGCUGGUAACUGUUGUGGUUCCCAAGAUGCUUGUUGUCAUCCUGACGGGGAAUCAUACCAUCUCAUUUGUCAGCUGCAUCAUCCAGUCCUACCUCUACUUCCUUCUAGGUACCACUGAUUUCUUCCUCUUGGCUGUCAUGUCUCUGGAUCGUUACCUGGCAAUCUGCCGACCACUCCACUAUGAGACCCUGAUGAGCAUCCAUGUCUGUUCCCAGCUAGUGCUGGCCUCCUGGCUAGCUAGAUUCCUCUGGGUCCUUUGCCCCACUCUCCUCAUGGCCAGCUUGCCUUUCUGUGGCCCCAAUGGUAUUGACCACUUCUUUUGUGACAGUUGGUCCUUGCUCAGGCUCUCUUGUGGGGACACCCAUCUGCUGGAACUGGUGGCUUUCAUGCUUUCUACAUCAGUGUUACUGGGCUCACUGGCUCUGACCUCAGUUUCCUAUGCCUGCAUUCUUGUCACUGUUCUUGGGGCCCCCACAGCUGUUGAGCGAAGGAAAGCAUUCUCCACUUGCGCCUCGCAUCUUACAGUGGUGGUCAUCUUCUAUGGCAGUUCCAUCUUUCUCUACAUUCGUAUGUCAGAGGCUCAGUCCAAACUGCUCAACAAAGGUGUCGCCGUCCUCAGUUGCAUCAUCACUCCCCUCCUGAACCCAUUCAUCUUCACUCUCCGCAAUGACAAGGUGCAGCAAGCACUGAGAGAUGCCCUGGGGUGGCUCAGGCUCACUGCUGUGAGGAAACUGGGGGUCACGAGUCAAAGGAAAUGAUCUUAUUAAAUGGGAGAUUAAAUGCUUAUUGAAAAUGUUUUAAAUGUGCAAGAAGUUUAAAGAACAUAGGCCACACUGUGCACUUUUCUCAGCUAAUGAACGGUCUUUGUAAAUAUACAAUAUGAAAUAUGGUGGUUAACCUUCAUUUUCCCUCCCUACAACCUUCCUUCCUUGUGCCUCCUCCUCCCCACAGAGAAGGCUGAUCCAAUUGCUCAAAUUGCCUUCAAGAUAGAAUCCCUGGAUUGGAGAACAUGUGUGAGUGUGUGAUGUCCAUACAGGGAGGAUCCUUCUCUUUCUCCUCAUAUGUGCACUUAAACACUUUUCUUUCUGCAUCAGUCUCCUGUGUCAUGUAGCCAAUCAGAAGAUGCUGAAAUAUUGAGAUUCAGAUUUGGAGCUCAGUGUGGAGUAAGAGGCCCUCUGAUGGCUUUCAACUAGACUGAGUAUUGCAAAUAAGAUUAAGCAGAACCCCUGUAUUAUUAGAAAAUCCAAUUCUAGUGCAGUAAUAAAUGGU